ACCAAUGGCGGUGACUGGUGGAGGCGGGACAUCUGGCGGAUGUACCCGCCCAGAGGAGAGCGCUGGCCGAGGUGCAGUGAGAUCUCCUAAUGGAAGUGCCUGUUUAGUGACAAUCCAGCUUUCCCAUGUCAUUUUUGCGGUGGGUGUCUGAAAAGCUAGGUGUCGAGAGCCUGCAGGACGUGGGACUAUUUGGUGAGCGGCCUCGAGCGGAGUAUCACAGGAAGACAGAUGAACGCUCAUCGGAAAAUAUUGCGCCUCCCCAGAACUGGGACACCAUGAACAACUACCCAGCAGACAGUGGUUCCUAUGAACUGCUGACUGCAAUAGGUAAAGGGUUUGAUGAUAUCAUGACUGUAACCCUGGGGAGGUGUAAACGCACUGGCCAUCAGGUAGCUGUUCGGAGAAUGAACUUGGACAACUGCACCAACGAGAUGCUUGCUUUAUUACAGGGUGAGCUCCACAUAUCAAAAUUGUUUCACCACCCCAAUAUAUUACCAUACAAAGCCACAUUGAUCACCAACAAUGAGGUGUGGAUAGUGACUCCAUUCAUGGCCUAUGGUUCUGCUAAAGAUCUGAUGAACACCCAUUUUACUGAUGGUCUGAAUGAGCCCACAAUUGCCUACAUCCUGCAUGGGGUGCUAAAGGCCUUGGUUUAUAUUCAUAGAAUGGGAUAUGUGCACAGGAGUGUUCAAGCAAGUCACAUUCUAAUAUCAUCAGAGGGACAGGUUUAUUUAUCAGGACUACGCAGUAUUUUCAGUAUGAUCAGUCAUGGACAACGGCUACGGGUGAUCCAUGACUUCCCAAAAUACAGUGUUAAAAUAUUACCAUGGCUGAGCCCUGAGUUGUUGCAGCAGAAUCUACAGGGUUAUGAUGCCAAAUCUGAUAUUUACAGCCUGGGAAUAACAGCAUGUGAGCUGGCUAAUGGACAUGUCCCCUUCAAAAAUAUGCCUGGAACUCAGAUGCUGCUGGAGAAGCUGAAUGGUACAGUGCCUUGCCUGCUGGACACCACAACGAUUCCCGAGGAGGAGCUUCUGAUGACAAACUCUCAGUCAGCGGUGGAUUCUGGCAUUGUAGAAAGCUCGGCCGCUUGUGACAUGCGAACAACGAAUGGGGAACAAGUGCAGCAUCCGUACAACAGGACUUUCUCCAGGCUCUUUCACAACUUUGUGGAGUUGUGCUUGCAACGGGAGCCUGAGCAGAGACCCUCUGCCAUUGCAUUACUCAAUCAUUCAUUUGUCAAGCAGCUGAAGCUGCGAGUGGUGGAAGUGCUUCCCGACCUGCUGCGACCCGUCACGCCCGUGACAGAGCUGGAAGGUGCUGACCCACAUGAGUUGCGAGGGAUGACUGAACUUGUGUCCAGCCUGGACCAGCUGGAGAUGGAGGACUGGGACUUCUGAAAGUGGACAUGUUGUUCAAGCUGGGCCUGGUGAUGCCAUUGGUCUUUAUUUGUAUUUUUUAUGUAAAAGGCAGUUUUGCUGAUUUACAGCGAAGUGUGGCACUAAUAGAUGCUGAAUAGCAGGGGUGCACAUCAAACCAGCUUAGGUGGGUGAAGGACCACAACCUGUACAUUGAUUCACAGUGCCCUCCAUAAUGUUUGGGACAAAGACCCGUCGUUUAUUUAUUUGCCUCUGUGCUCCACAAUUUGAGAUUUGUAAGAGAAAAAAUCACAUGUGGUUAAAGUGCACAUUGUCAGAUUUUAAUAAAGGCCAUUUUUACACAUUUUGGUUUCACCAUGUAGAAAUUACAGCAGUGUUUAUACAUAGUCCCCCCAUUUCAGGGCACCAUAAUGUUUGGGACACAGCAAUGUCAUGUAAAUGAAAGUAGUCAUGUUUAGAUACAAGUUAAUCUUCGUCUCAUCAGUCCACAAGACCUUUUUUCAGAACUGUGGUUGCUCUUUUAAGUACGUCUUGGCAAACUGUAACCUGGCCAUCCUAUUUUUGCGACUAACCAGUGGUUUACAUCUUGCAGAGUAGCCUCUGUAUUGCUGCGCAUGAAGUCUUCUGCGGACAGUGGUCAUUGACAAAUCCACACCUGACUCCCGAAGAGUGUUUCUGAUCUGUCGGACAGGUGUUUGGGGAGUUUUCUUUAUUAUAAAUCAGCUGUGGAGGUUUUCCUUGGCCUGCCAGUCCCUUUGCGAUUAGUAAGCUCACCAGUGCUCUCUUUCUUCUUAAUGAUGUUCCAAACAGUUGAUUUUGGUAAGCCUAACGUCUGGUUGAUGUCUAACAGUUUUAUUCUUGUUUCGCAGUCUCAUAAUGGCUUCUUUGACUUUCAUUGGCACAACUUUGGUCCUCAUGUUGAUAAACAGCAAUAAAAGUUAUCAAAGGUGAUGGAAAGACUGGAGGAAAUACUAGGUGCUGAGAGCUCUCUUAUACCUGCAUUAAGGAGGCAAUUAAACACACCUGAGCAAUUACAAACUCCUGUGAAGCUAUGUGUCCCAAACAUUAUGGUGCCCUGAAAUGGGGGGACUGUGUAGAAAUACAGCUGUAAUUUCUACAUGGUGAAACCAAAAUGUAUAAAAACACUCUUUAAUAAAAUCUGACAGUGUGCACUUUAACCGCAUGUGAUUUUUUUCUAUUACAAAUCUCAAAUUGUGGAGUGCAGAGGCAAAUAAAUAAAUGAUGGGUCUUUGCCCCAAACAUUAUGGAGGCCAUUGUACUUGAAUACUAGAGAUUUCAGAUCACAACCAUUACCCUUCUAUUACUGUACCAGCAGCCAGUGAGCGCUGAAGCAUUGCGCUCACAUCUUAUGUGAGAACAGAGUGAUUAUCCUUACCUGGUCUCACCUCUGGUGAGUAAGGUGGUAGCUUUCUUACCCUUGUGAGUACGAAAGCAUUGUCCUUGCACCUUUCUCACCAGUUAGCAUGAGUUCAGCAGCAGUCCUCAAACCUGCUAUGAAUGCAGAGAUAACGUCCACACUCUUCUUGACCAUCUUGAAAACAGAGCCACUGUUUUGGAAUCCGUUACAGAUAGAUGCUGUGCUUCAUCUCUCCUAUCACACUGAGAGCGUGAAAUAUUCACUGUUUUAUUACCUUCUUACAUGAAAUCCCUUUGUAUCUGAAUUGUUAUUUAUUCAGAGUCAACCAAUAUUAAAGUUUCAUUUGGUUACAACUAUGUGAAACCCUUCUGCACU